AGGACGGGUGGGUUUUCUGCUCUCCUGACCAAGUGCUUCUGUCAGUCAAAACCCAAAACAAGAUGGCAGACAAAAGAAGCUGGGCUUUAGCAAUAACAGUCUGUGUGGCUGGUUUUCUCUGGGUUCAGGCCGACAGCAUCACAGAAACUCCCGCCGGUCAGAUGUUUGUGUAUGAGCUUCACAGAGAAAUCUUCCAGAGUGAAUUCGAGCCUCUUCAUAAACUCUUUGGUCAAAUUUUUAAUGAUCCCAUGGUGUUUAAAUGCAACAAGGAGCGAUUUCCAGACCUGCCCCGGUGGCUCCGCUUCACCCAGAGGGACCCCUAUGAAAAUGGAUUCCUGUACGGGACGCCACUGCCACAAGACCAGGGCAAGAACAUCAUAGAGAUAUUUGUGAUCAACAAACGGAGUUAUGACACGUUCAGAGAGAGGCUGGUGAUAAACGUGGGUCCACCAGCGAAGCAGUUCCCGUAUCAAGCUGAGUUCUUCAUUGAGCUGCGAGAGAUUGAGAAAGUUCUGCCCGCUGCGGUUCAGGAGGAGAUUAAACUGGACAUUCAGCAUCUGUGGGGAACUGGAAAACUGGAGUUCGUGAACAUCACCUCUGCCCUGGACAGGGGGGGCCGCGUCCCCCUUCCCCUUCCUGGAUAUUUUGAGGGUGUGUAUGUGAAACUGGGUUCAGAUCGACCCUUCUCUAAGUGCAUGCUGAGACUGCAGACGGCGGCGCAUCAGAGAGAGUGUGAAUCUGGAGGGAAACUCACUGGAGACUGCAGCACCUGCACAAACCCUGCCAACUGCAUCAGCUGGUGCAGAUCUGUGCUGUUUGAUCUGUCCAAGCCUGUUCCUCCGGCCCCGGUACCUAAGGUGGGUUCAGGUGUGCUGGAGUGGGGUGGAGAGUUCAGUCCUCCAGAAUCUCCUCCUGACAGAGAUUUCUUCCCGGACUACAUCGUCACGGUCAUCAUUCCCUUCGCUCUGGCUCUGAUCCUCUGUGUCCUCCUGGCCUACAUCAUGUGCUGCAGGAGAGAGGGAGUUGUGAAGAGAAAUGCCAAGACCACUGAUCUCCAGCUUUAUCAUCACCACACUAUCCAAGGUAAUGCCAACGAGCUGCGGAGGAUGGCCGGCAAUGACAGACAGACUGUGGAUCCUCCUCGGCAGUGUUUACAGCCUCUCCUGAUGGCAGAGCAGGCCAUGGCGGGACGCUGAACAGCACAAACUAGAUACCAAUGCUUGAGAAACAGUCUGUGGAAACAGAUUUAAGGUUAACUGUUAGUUUGUUGUGUUUUUAAGGAAUACUUUCACCAAAAUUCAAUCUGAUCGAAUGAUUCACUCGAGAAAAAAAGGUUGCAAAACCGUA